UGUCAGGGUGAAGAGGUAUAAAUGCAGCCUGGGUACAGCUGGGGCAGACACAAUAACACUGGAGCAUCUAAUCUACCUAAUGUCCAUUUUUUAAUGAAUUUUGAGGUUUUUUGGCUAAAAAAUUACAACUUUGUUUGAAGGGACGAAAAGCAAAGCAUUUUUCCGCGACCAAGAAAUGGAUAACUGGAAGAUCCAGCUUGCUGUUGUGACUUUUUGUGCACUGGUGCAAACUUAUCAGGCGCUGUCUUCUACUGUGGGAGAGGAGAGAUGGUUACCUGAAGACUGGCAGGCUGAGUCACUGGAGGCAGGUCUCACCCACCCGAUGGUCAGUCUGAUGAAAAGAGCAAAAGCCCUUCGCUUCUAUGGACUCAUGGGGAAACGCUCAGGUACAAAGAAACCAUUUCAAGUAAACAGACGAAAUAAAGGAGAAACGUUCGUGGGUCUGAUGGGAAGAAGCAUUUCCAGCGGCGGUUCAUCAGAGGAAUGGGUCCAAAUCCUGUAUUGA